AUGAGCGCGGGCUCGGAGCGCGGGGCGGCGGCGGCCCCCGGGGGGUUGCCCGCGCCCUGCGCCUCGAAGGUGGAACUGCGGCUCAGCUGCCGGCACCUGCUGGACCGCGACCCGCUCACCAAGUCCGACCCCAGCGUGGCGUUGCUGCAGCAGGCGCAGGGCCAGUGGGUGCAGGUGGGCAGAACCGAGGUGGUCCGGAGCAGCCUGCAUCCCGUGUUCUCCAAAGUCUUCACCGUGGACUACUAUUUCGAGGAGGUGCAGAGGCUGCGCUUUGAGGUAUACGACACGCAUGGGCCCAGCGGCUUCAGCUGUCAGGAGGACGACUUCCUGGGGGGCAUGGAGUGCACCCUGGGGCAGAUUGUGGCUCAGAAGAAAGUGACCCGCCCGCUGCUGCUCAAGUUUGGCAGGAACGCCGGCAAGUCCACCAUCACGGUGAUCGCUGAGGACAUCUCGGGGAACAACGGCUACGUGGAGCUCUCCUUCCGGGCCAGGAAGCUGGAUGACAAGGACCUCUUCAGCAAGUCCGACCCCUUCCUGGAGCUCUACCGGGUCAACGACGACCAGGGCUUGCAGCUGGUGUACAGGACGGAGGUGGUGAAGAACAACCUGAACCCCGUAUGGGAGCCCUUUAAAGUCUCGCUGAGCUCCCUCUGCAGCUGCGAGGAGACAAGGCCUCUGAAGUGCCUGGUCUGGGAUUACGACUCUCGAGGAAAACACGACUUCAUCGGAGAAUUUACUACCACCUUCGAGGAGAUGCAGAAGGUCUUCAGGGAGGGGCAGGCCCAGUGGGACUGUGUGAAUCCCAAAUACAAGCAGAAGAGACGCAGUUACAAGAACUCGGGGGCGGUCAUCCUGGCUGACCUGAAGUUCCACAGGGUUUACUCCUUCCUGGACUAUAUCAUGGGCGGCUGCCAGAUCCACUUCACCGUGGCCAUUGACUUCACCGCCUCCAACGGAGACCCGCGGAACAGCUGCUCCCUGCAUUACAUCAACCCUUACCAGCCCAAUGAGUACCUGAAGGCACUGGUGUCUGUGGGCGAGAUCUGUCAGGACUAUGACAGCGACAAGAGGUUUUCCGCUUUGGGGUUUGGAGCCCGGAUCCCGCCCAAGUAUGAGGUGUCCCAUGACUUUGCCAUCAAUUUCAGCCCUGAGGAUGAUGAGUGUGAAGGCAUCCAGGGCGUGGUGGAGGCCUACCAGAACUGUCUGCCCAGGGUCCAGCUCUACGGCCCCACCAACGUGGCGCCCAUCAUCUCCAAGGUGGCACGCGUGGCGGCGGCCGAGGAACGCACUGGGGAAGCCUCUCAAUACUACAUCCUGCUGAUCCUGACAGACGGCGUGGUGACCGACAUGGCCGACACGCGGGAGGCCAUUGUGCGCGCCUCACGCCUGCCCAUGUCCAUCAUCAUCGUGGGCGUGGGCAACGCUGACUUCACUGACAUGCAGGUCCUGGACGGCGACGACGGCGUCCUGCGCUCCCCACGGGGUGAGCCCGCGCUCCGGGACAUCGUACAGUUUGUGCCCUUCCGGGAGCUCAAAAACGCAUCCCCUGCAGCGCUGGCCAAGUGCGUGCUGGCCGAGGUCCCGAAGCAGGUGGUGGAGUACUACAGCCACAGAGGCCUGCCCCCGAGAGGCCUGGGCGUCCCUGCCGGAGAGGCCAGCCCAGGCUGCACCCCGUGA